GGCCAGAGGAGCGAGCACGCUUCCCCGCGCCGUUGCACAACACAGGGCGGUGAAAAUGCGCUCGGGUUCGGGACUCUGACGCCCAGGAGCGGCCGCUCUCCUCGGAUCUGCACCUCCCCACCCCCCCUCCUUCUCCUCCGGCGUGCGGUUUGACAUCCAUCCGAGCGAGAGCGCUGCCUUCCCCGCCCGCUCGGCUGGAAGACAUCGGGAGGCUCCGCUGGAAAAAAAAAAGGAGGUGUCUGUUUUUACUCCUGUUGUUCCUCCUCCUCGAGCCAUGAGGGAGUACAAAGUGGUGGUUUUGGGCUCGGGCGGCGUCGGCAAAUCCGCCCUGACGGUCCAGUUCGUGACGGGCUCGUUCAUCGAGAAGUACGACCCCACCAUCGAGGACUUCUACCGGAAGGAGAUCGAGGUGGACUCGUCCCCGUCCGUGCUGGAGAUCCUGGACACGGCGGGGACCGAGCAGUUCGCCUCCAUGCGGGACCUGUACAUCAAGAACGGCCAGGGCUUCAUCCUGGUCUACAGCCUGGUGAACCAGCAGAGCUUCCAGGACAUCAGGCCCAUGAGGGACCAGAUCAUCCGGGUGAAGAGGUACGAGAGGGUGCCCAUGAUCCUGGUGGGGAACAAGGUGGACCUGGAGGGCGAGAGAGAGGUGUCCUCCGGGGAGGGCAAGGCUCUGGCCCAGGACUGGAGCUGCCCCUUCAUGGAGACCUCAGCCAAAAAUAAAGGCUCUGUGGACGAACUGUUUGCAGAGAUCGUGAGACAGAUGAACUAUUCAGCUGUUCCAAGCAGUGGAGACAAGUGCUGCUCAUGUGUCCUGCUGUGAAAACUCUGCUCGGCUGGACCUGACAAGUUGUCCCUUCAUUUUCUCUUCUUUCUUUGUGGCUACAAGUAUUCUCUCUGUCCUCACACCGCUGUCUUAUUGUUGCACACAACAACAAUCGAUGAUGUUUGAUAGUC